AAAAAAAAAAAAGUUCUAACACCGCUCCUAAAAUCACGGAGAACCUGACUCAGACAACAAUUACUUUGGAUGACCCGCAGGCCGCAACUAAAGUUUCAGAAUUCAGAUCCUUUUCGUCUGAUUCAACAUCCACAACUAACCACACGAAAAAUCCAAUAUCUCCGUCUAAUCUGGUCAAGAACCAACGACCGAACCCCAAUCCAAGCUCGAUGGACGUGAAUUCCUCCCCCAAGUCCAACAACACCAUUUCCGUCUUCUCUACCUUCGUCCCGCCGUCGUCGGCCGACGCCAAGUCUUCGUCUCGAAAGCCAAUAAACCUGUGGCCAGGAAUGUACCAUUCGCCGGUGACGGAGGCGCUGUGGGAGGCGAGGUCGAAGAUCUUCGAGAGGCUUCUUGACCCGCCCAAAGACGCGCCGCCGCAGAGCGACUUGCUUACCAAGACUCCCUCCGAUAGCAGGACCACGAUUCUUUACAAUUUCUCCAACGAUUACAUCUUGAGAGAGCAGUACAAAGAUCCCUGGAACGAGGUCCGAAUCGGGAAAUUGCUCGAAGAUCUCGACGCCUUGGCUGGCACCAUAUCCGUUAAGCAUUGUUCUGAUGAUGAAUUCACAACGCGGCCACUGCUAUUAGUUACUGCUUCCGUUGACAAGAUCGUCCUAAAGAAGCCUAUUAGUGUUGACCUUGAUCUGAAAAUAAUUGGUUCUGUCAUUUGGGUUGGGCGGUCAUCAAUUGAGAUUCAACUAGAAGUCACUCAGUCCUCAAAAGAGGGUUCUAAUGCGUCAGAUGCAGUAGCUCUCACAGCCAAUUUCAUAUUCGUGGCCCGUGACUCUAAAACUGGGAAAGCUGCUCCAGUUAAUCACCUCUCGCCACAAACAGAACAAGAAACAUUGCUCUAUGAGGAAGCAGAAGCUAGGAAUAAUCUGAGGAAAAGGAAGAGACAAGAAGCAGCCAGAAAUGAGUUUGAGAAUGGGGAAGCAAAUAGACUCCAAACAUUAUUAGCUGAAGGAAGGAUCUUCUGCGAUAUGCCUGCUUUAGCAGACAGAAACAGCAUUCUUAUGAGGGACACGCGCCUCGAAAAUGCUCUGAUUUGCCAGCCGCAGCAGAGAAACAUCCAUGGUCGGAUCUUCGGAGGGUUUUUGAUGCACCGAGCAUUUGAACUGGCUUUCUCCACAGCCUAUGCUUUUGCAGGCCUGGUGCCUUAUUUCCUAGAAGUCGAUCAUGUUGACUUCUUGAGACCUGUGGACGUUGGAGAUUUCCUCCGCUUGAAAUCGUGCGUUCUAUACACCGAGGUUGAGAAUCCCGAUCAGCCUCUCAUUAACAUUGAAGUUGUUGCUCAUGUUACUAGGCCUGAGCUCAGAUCCAGUGAGGUAUCAAAUACCUUUUAUUUCACUUUUACCGUGCGGCCAGAGGUGAAGGCCUCAAACAAUGGAUUUAGGAUUCGCAACGUGGUUCCAGCAACCGAGGAAGAAGCUCGCCGUGUACUCGAGCGCAUGGAUGCUGAGACCUCCAGUUAGUAAGAGAGGCAUAAGAAAAUAAAUCUGAGUUCUGUUUUAUAACGGCACCGUAGUAAGCAAAGAGGCUGAUUAAUUGUCAGUGAAUUUGCUGGAACUUAAAAUGAUAGGAGAAGUCCCUUAAAAAAAAUGAUAGGAGAAGGAAAGAGGAAAAAUAAAUAAAUAAAUAGUGCUAAUAACAAUGUCUGAAAUAAUGGUUUGUUUGUUUUUUUUUUGACAGAAAAGGAUUCAUACAUGCAUAAUUAACGUAGGGACUACUGGUUUUAGCAUGAGUACCGAGUAAUUGUAAUUUGUGGAUGUGACAAUGAGAUCCCAAGUUUUCAUUUUAUAUGCAUUUGAUUGGUGGUUGUAGAAAUCUAUACAUUCGUCCACAACAACAGAAGAUUAUUCGAGAUUUAUUUUAGAGGUCUGUGCUGAUGAUUGAGUAGCAUAUAAAGCACACUAUUAGGAAAAACAUAAUAUAAUCCUUGUGCUAGGUAGUAGGGUGACCGUUCUUCCGAGCCUGGGAAAGAAAGUAAACAAAAGCAGCCCUUUUCUUUCCCCCUUUUUGCCCUUUUUCCCCCCCCUCGACUGGAUAUUAC